UCAGUAGCGGAAUAAUCGUCGUGGAGGUUGUAUCGCGUGCCGUUCCUAUCUUUUUCUUCCUCCUUCCGCUUCUCAUCGCUUCUCUCCUUCUCUUUUUAUCUGCCUCCCUCUCCUUUUACCUUCUACCCCUUCUCUCCAUUUUACCAGAUAACAGCGCUCGCCCGUAAUAAAGGAUCGGUGACAAUAAAUGAGCUGGCCUGCCGCGGGAAGGUGCAUUCCCGUACAUUGUGCUGCGUAAGAAGAGUGCACGAGUGAGUGAUACGUGUGCGUGCGCGCGCGUGAACGCGUUCCACUGUGAGUGAACUCACCUGUGGAUACAGAUAUUUACCUUCGCGAUCUGUACCUCAUCUUUCCCCGCAGAAGACUGUCGUCCGCUGCCAAAAUGAAGCGCGUCGCGUUCAUUGUCGUAGCUCUACUUCUCGCUAUCGUUGGAUGCACGCAUUCGCAAGAGAAUUCCUCCACCACCGUCUUCCCUGAGCUUCAACAGUUGGGCGGUGUGGUGGAUGAACGAAUCCCGGAGAUUUUAAAGAAAAUAAACAAAUCAGGGCCGUCCAUUGAAGAAGGCACGAAUCUUUUCAGAGAAAGAUGUGUAAAGAAUGCCGGACCAGACGCAUAUGAUCUUAUCGAUCGCGCCCAAGUUGAAGCGGCACAAUGUAUUCAGAAGCUCGUCAACGUUACGGAACUCUACGCGGAGAUGGAAAAGUACAAGCCGACAGGUGAUCUGGAUAUUGUCUUCAGGCAGUAUUGCAGCAAGCGCCAGACUUUACGAACUUGCGUGAGCAAUUUCACGAAUACGAUAGCGGUUUGUCUGGACGAGAAAAUGAGAGAGAACAAAAAAAUAGUGAUGAACAUAACUGACUCGCUGCUCGAGUUUGUCUGCUACAAAGAAGGGGAUCGAAUCGCCCUUUUCAUAUCGGCUGGAGGACCAGAGUGCUUUGAAUCAAAAACGCAAGAAGUUUUAGAUUGUGCCAACAAGACGUUUGGUAAUAACGUAUCAAAAUUGGAUUUAGGCGGUUUUCCUUUGGGACUCGAGAGUAUCUCGGCUUGGGAGUUUAGUCCUAAAGAAUGCAGGGACAUAAACAAAUUGCAAAUUUGCGUUGUGGCAGAGUUAGAAAAAUGUCCGGAUCCCACGCCUGCGAAUAUAAUGGAUUCUGUAUUUAAUUUCAUCAAGAGAGUUACACCGUGUGAGAACGUACUCGCAGAAAGUGCCGCUGCUACUGGUACACAGUCCAGUGCUUCGCACGUGGGCGCUCUUAUAAUUAUAGCUAUUCUGUCUACCGUUUUAUCUUUUGUAGCAAGUGGAAAAAGAGCUGAGUUUACAUCCGAUGAGGAUUCAAUCAACAAUGAUGCGUGCAGCGAGACCAGCGGUCAAUCCGACAAUCGUAGUGUGCUGGAGGACGCGAAUGACAACGAGGUGGACGAGCUCGCGCAGCAGGAAGCGUUCGAGGAGAAGGUGAAGGAGGCGAUCGACGGUUUGACGCAGAAGAGCGCGAAGGGCCGAAUUAUCUGUUUUAAUGGUAUAGAGAAAAUUUUCGCCAUCAAGUAUAUACCUGAUUUCGUGGAGGACAGAAAGAUGACCAUCACGGAUGCUGUGGAGCGUGGCUUGAAGAAGGGCCGCGGCGAUGAGCAGUCGACAGCUGCCAGAUUGAGCACCCUGUUGUGCGUCCAGUUGGGCGCCUUCAACAGCGCCGAGAUGGUCUGCAGAGAUCUAAAAUCGAUUCUCACCUUCAUCGCUAACGACAAUACAGCUUCUGUCCAUGCUCGUGCCGAGUGUUGCUGGGCGUUGGCCAUGAAUCAAUUCUUGUCGGGCAACGAUACGACUGACACCAUGGAAAUCGCACAGUUACUGUCAUCUAUCUUUUCGGGCUCUUAUUUGAAGGGAAACGGCGCGAUCGCAAACAUAUCCCCGGACGUGGCAGCGUUACACGUGGCAGCUAUCUCAUCAUGGACCCUGCUUCUAACAGUUAUGACCUCCGCGGAUAUCUACAAUUUACUCGCGAGCGGCAGAACGAACAGUUACAUGCCUUCACUCAAUCGAUUACGCGAAUUGCUGGAAUCACCGCAUCUCGACGUACGUCUAUCAGCCGGCGAAGCGCUAGCGGUGAUAUUCGAACUCGGUCGUGAUUUCUCCUGCGACUACGAGCAGAAUUGGGCGCUCGAUCUAAUCGAAAUUCUCAAGGAACUCGCCACGGAUUCCAACAAGUACCGUGCUAAGAAAGAUCGCAAGCAGCAACGCGCUAAUUUUAGAGAUAUUCUGCGUUAUAUCGAGGAAGACAUCGUUCCGGAGAUGCAUGUGAGAUUUGGUCAGGAAACUCUGUAUUUAGAGGGAUGGUGCGCGAGAACCCAGUACAACGCUUGCUGCCGGCUAUUGGGCACCGGUAUCAAUUUCCAUCUUGCUGAAAAUCAACUCUUGCGCGAGAUCUUUCACCUCGGCAACAAAGUUCUACCUCCGCCAGUCACAAUCAAAACGACUAAAUUAGAGCGAACAUUGAUGAACGCGGCCGCGUUCAAGGCACGCACCAUUCAGCGCAACAAGAAUCGCGACAAACGAUCUGCAGCUAUGGCACCGUAAUCUUACUUCUACUACUCUCCUAUGCUGGUUGUCUCAUUUUAGUGUAAUACAAAUAUAUUUGAAUUUUUCCUUUAAUUUAUUGUAACUAUAUUUAAUAGCACAAAUUACUGUUUUCUCAGUCGAUUCUUAAAUCGAAAUUGUACAAAUAUUCUCCAUGUUACGUACGCCCUUUCUC